GAAAUUUGUACCUAGGCCUUGAACUCGAGAUUUCUAGAGCUAGGUUAUAUUUUGUAUUUGCCAAUUGAUCUAAUAGUCUCCAAUGUGCCAAGGCUUGAGAUGUUGAAGCUGUUUCUUGCUCCAGUAAAGCUCAGACAUUUUUUCAAAUUCUGCAAAUCAGUUUUUAAGCUUCAAACUAAACUUCACUUUAUCAAUCAACCCAUAAAGCAUUAUUCUUUACUUCCCAGAAUAGACUACACAUGUAACCAAGAUGUUUCCAGGUCAAAUAGGAUUAUUUCCAAGCUAAGCAAAGAGGGUCAGGUUGAUGAAGCAAGGAAGCUGUUUGAUAAAAUGUCUGAACCAGAUGUGGUGUCAUGGACAGCGAUGAUUUCGGGUUAUAUAAGAUGUGGGAAGAUUGAUAAAGCAAGGGAAUUGUUUGACAGGACUGAUACAAAGAGAGACGUUGUAACUUGGACAGCUAUGCUUGCUGCCUAUGCGAGGACGAAUCGGAUUCUUGAGGCUGAGAUGCUUUUCAAUGAAAUGCCUGAGAAGAAUGUGGUUUCAUGGAAUAGUUUAAUUGAUGGGUAUGCAAGAAAUGGUAGAAUUGAUAAGGGUUUGGAAUUGUUCUGGAAGAUGCGGGAGAGGAAUGUGGUUUCUUGGAACAUGGUUAUAGCAGGAUUGGCUCGGAAUGGGCGAAUCAACGAGGCAAGAGUGCUUUUUGAUCAGAUGCCUGAGAAGAAUGUGGUGUCUUGGACUACAAUGAUAGCAGGCUUGUCAAGAAAUGGGAGAGUCGACGAGGCUAGAACACUUUUCGAUAGGACUCCUGAACGCAAUGUGGUUUCUUGGAAUGCAAUGAUUACUGGGUAUACACAAAACUCGAGACUUGACGAAGCAUUUGAACUGUUUGAGAUGAUGCCAGAAAAGAUCGUGUCUUCGUGGAAUACAAUGAUCAUGGGAUUCAUUCAAAAUGGGGAACUCGGCAGAGCUAGAAUAUUGUUUGAUAAAAUGAGUCAGAGAGACGUGGUUUCUUGGUCAACAAUGAUUAAUGGCUACAUGCUAGAGAGGAGAAGUGAAGAAGCACUAAGAAAUUUCUGUGACAUGCAAAUGGAUGUUUGGGUGAAACCAAAUGAAGGAACUUUUGUGAGUGUUUUGGGUGCUUGCAGUGACUUAGCCGGUCUUAGUGAGGGAAUGCAAAUUCACCAAGUAAUUAACAAAACAAUAUAUCAGAAGAAUGAAGUUGUCAUAUCAGCACUUAUAAACAUGUAUUCAAAAUGUGGAGAUGUAGCAACUGCAAGGAAAAUAUUUGAUGAUGGCUUGAGAGGCCAGAGAGAUCUGAUCUCUUGGAAUGUUAUGAUUGCAGCAUAUACUCACCAUGGUUUUGGAAGAGAUGCAAUCAAUCUCUUCAAAGAAAUGCUGCAACUGGGGUUCAAACCAAACGAUGUGACUUACGUGGGAUUGCUUGCUGCCUGCAGCCACUCAGGUUUGGUGGAGGAAGGGUUAAAGUACUUCGAUGAGCUUUGUAGAGACGAUUCCAUAAAAUUGAGAGAGGACCAUUAUACAUGCCUUGUAGAUCUCUGCGGUCGAGCUGGAAGACUCAAAGAGGCCUUGGAUGUUAUUGAACGGCUUCCAAGAACAGAAUCAGCGUUCAUUUGGGGAGCUCUUCUUUCGGGUUGUAAUCUUCAUGGAGAUUCAGAAACAGGAAAAUUGGCUGCAAUUAAACUAUUAGGGAUCGAAGCUAAAAGUCCGGGAACCUAUUUGUCGUUGUCAAAAUUGUGUGCUUCAAAAGGAAAGUGGAAAGAAGCUGCAAAGCUGAGGACACAAAUGAAGGACAUAGGAUUGAAGAAGCAACCAGGUUGUAGCUGGAUAGCUGUUGAGAACAGAGUUCAUGUAUUUUUAGUUGGUGAUACAUCUCAUUAUGAAACUGAGGUUAUUCACUCAUUACUUGGAAACCUUCAUAUGAAAAUGAAAAGGACUGGCUGUCCACCAGUAGAUGAUUCUUCAGAGAGUAGUGAUGCCACCAAUGACAAGGAACAGAUCAUACAAUAAUACUCCACAGCCACAUGCUAUUGAAUAUUAUGCUCAAAGAACCACUAAGGGGGGCUUUCUCAUUUCUGAAUCAACUAGUGCUUCGGACAUCUCCAAUGGGUCCCCAAAUAUGCCUGGAAUUUGGACUGAAGAUCAAGCAGAGGCAUGGAAGCCUAUUGUUGACUCUGUUCAUGGCAAAGGUGGUGUCUUUUUUUGUCAGCUUUGGCAUCCAGGGCGACUAUCUGAUUCAAGUCUCAACAAUUUCCUUAUAGCUUGGAAUGCAGG